AUGGACGUGACCGGAGGCUUCUUCGGCAAGCUGCGGGAGCUGGCCCUCACGCUGGAGAAGGAGGUGAAGCAGCUGCAGCGGGCCAUGCGCAGGGAGGACGCGGGUAAGAGCGGCCCGCGGCCGUGGGUGGGUGGCACGGCUCGUCUGGGCCCGGUGGCUUCGCAGGUGUUCCUCGGGGCCCCGUGCUCGGUUUGCGUUCCCGCCUGCCGCUGUCCCCUGCGCUCCUCUGGGAAGUGCCUUUGGUGGGCCUGGAGAGCAGCCUGGGAGUCGCUCGGCUGGGGAUUGUUCGGGCGCCUCUUCACACCUCUUUUACUUUCUAAUCUCUUCUAUGUGAAUAUGCAUCUUGAAGACUAUGAAGAUGAAUCUCCAAUAGCAGCCUUGCAUGACCUCUAUCGUGAAAUCAAGACUCACAAGGAAGAGGUUAGUGCCAGUCUUGAUAAGAGCUGCUCUGAGGAAAAAGCAAUUAAUGAAUUUAUGAAGGCGAGUGAAAUCUUGAUGCAAAGAAAUGCAGCAGAUCUUGGAAAAAUAAGUGAGCUGUUCCAGAAAUAUGGCUACAAACCACAUGCCAAAGACUCUACAGAAGAGGAGGAUGAAGUUAACAGUGAAUCAGCAAUGUCUGUCCCGAAUAAAUCUGAUGAAGAAAAGGCAAAUGAUGUACGUCACCUAUCUGCUUCCACAGAGAAGCCACCGUUGCCCAGGGACCCACUGUGUAGCCCCCAGUUGUCGGAUUUUGGCCUUUCCCAGCGCACUUUCUCCAGGCCGUGGAGCGCGGUGAGAGCACAGCGCACACCGAGUGCGCGUCACCCGAAGGCAAGGAAUGAGACCCCGCUGCACUUGCGAACGCCCUGCGCUUUGCCCAAAACGCCGAAAUGUAAGCUAAAGAUGGAUGACUAUGAGUGUGCAACAGCAAAACUCGAACACUUUGGCAUCACUGAACAUACCAUGUGUAUGAAUGAAGAUUAUACGAUGUCCCUUAUUCAUAAAACUUCUGAGACAAUCAAAAAUUUGGUUAAAAGAGGAGAUAAUAACGAAGAGAAUUUGCCAGAAAUGACAGUCAAGGAAAUCAUGGUUACUCCUGCAUCAAAAUCAAGUAAGAGAGCUGAGAAUGCAGCUGACUGGAUGGCUUCUCCUAUGGUAUUUGUGUUCUGUACUCCUGAUGUGAAGGUCUCUUCCAAAACAAAUAAUACAGUAUUAUCAAGGUCACCAGAGACAAAGGAACUGCCUCUUCCCAGUAAUACAGCAACACCACUGUGUCCAGAUUUUCAAACAAGAUGGCUAAAAGCAGAAGCAAAGCAACAGGUAACACCAGGGGGGAAGAUCGAAUCAGUGACAAAGAAUGAUGCAAAAGAUACACCAAACAAAGAAGAAAAGAUUCCUUUUGCUGCAAGCUCUCAUGAGUAUCUUAAACAUUCUAGGGAUCCUUCCCCUCCCAAACUGGAAGAUUAUGACCAUUUACUCAAUACUCCUCCACCUCCAGAAAUAACAAGGAUACCAGAUGAUGUUCUAAAGAUGCUUUCCCAAUAUAAUCAUAAGGUAGAUGCCUCUUCUAAAGCCAGAGCAAUGGAGAACAAGGCAGGAAGUAGUACAAGAUAUGAAAGUGAUUCCACUCAUUACUGCAACAAAGAGAACAGAGGAUAUCGUGGAGUUUUCAAGACAAACAUCUGAAAUCAAACUGAAGACUGUUGAAACUCUCACGUUCAUGGAUCUUAUCACAAAAUCAUAACAAGUUCAAAAAGCAAAAGGAAAUACUGGUGGGAAGAAAGAGAUAUACCGAGAAAAGGCUUUUUUAAUGGAGUAAUGGAGAAAAAUUCUUUAUCCAUUAUGUGGAUAAACUUGUUUGAGCUAACACCUUGUGCUUAAUUUUCUACUGACAUUAUUGGCGAAAUGUGUUGAGAGGUUUUAAAUAUACUGCACUUCAAAGAGGAAUGGACGUGCAUGUACAGGGUGGUACUUCAGUUGUUGUGUAGGAUUGCAUUGGCAGUAGGCUGUCAAGAGUGCAGUUAGGCUGUAAUAAAAGAAAAGUCCAGUAUAUUGCUUUAAAAAGUGGCUCUCUCUGGCCGGUCUGGUGACUCUACGUUGUUUCAGGGCUGAGGCUGAAGUCUGGUACUUCAACAGUAUUUGGUAUCUUCAACAGAAACAAGUAAAUUUUUUUGUAUUAGAAGAAUAACUCCUGCUUUACUGUUUAAAGCACCUCUGAGGUUUUAGUCCUUUCUACAGUGCUAAGAUGUGUCAGCACGUUCCUGCAUCAGACCGACUGUUAUUUCUCUGGUAGACAGGCAUUUCCCAUGCAUCUUCUUUCUUUAUACAUCAACAUAGUAUUAGGUGCCAUGCAUCUGGUUUCUUUGUAGCCCUAGAGGGUGACUCUGGCUCUACUGUGAACCAUUUCGAAACGUGCCAUUGUUACUGGUUAUGUGUAUCUUCAGCUGCUUGGAAGAAUUUGCUGGCAGGCCUGUGAGUGAUUGCUGCUGCCAUGUGUAUUCUGUUCAGUACUGGUGACACUUCUGAAUGUGCACAUCUAACCCUGUACUAGCUAACCAAGCUGAAGAACUCAGAGCUGUUUGGCACUCUUUUGGUAGUCAUAGCAAUUAGAAUUUUUUCCUAUCAGCACUUUUAUUGUUUUCCACUAGAAAAGCCAGUUCCAUAUCCUUGUUUGGAGCCAAUUUGCUGUUUCCAGCGUCAGCUAUUCCUCUAAGUGACUCCAGAACUGUUCUUACCAUUCGUCUUCUAGUUGAUGACUGAAAUUCUGCCAUUUAUGAGGACAAACAUGUAGCAUAUGAGAAGGGAGAGACUGUCCCAGGAGAUUGGGAUAAGUGGAUGCUUUUCUGAACUCAGCUCCACAUUUUUUUUAUGUCUUCAGAAUACGCAAACAUCUAGAGAUGUCCACAAGUAUUUCUUCAUUUGCUUAGACUUGUCCUGGUUAAAUCUUAACAAGUAAAGGCGCCUUUUUCCUUCUAUUACAGUCAUUUUCCAGGAUAAGUGUACAUCAAAUUAAUUGGAAAAGGGGAUUUUCUACUAGCUCGGACCUGAGCACCUUGUCAUUGAAAAUGCUGGUUUCUGUUUAAAAGUAUGUAUGUAUUGAUGUGUCAGUCUGUGAACUUAAUUAACACUUUUGGAUACUAAAUAAAUCUGUCUCCAAUGCCUGGCA